AUGCCAAUUAUUGAGAAGGUUGCUGAUCCAAUUGUAGAAAAAACUACUACUCCAUUUGUUGUUGAGCAAGCCAUUGUUCCAAUAGUACACAAGGCGAGAGCAUUAUUGCUGAUGAGCAAGAGACAGAGGGAGAGUGCAAUGACACUUUGCUUCGAUUUCAGUUUUCGACUCGAUUUCGGAAACUUCAAGCUUGGUAAGUUGCUGCCAUCUUUCUUGCUUCGAUUUCUAGGUUCGAAUUGCAUCCUGCCUUUCAGAAAGGGCAGGCCUUUGGCAUCAACCAUUGGUGGGAUCAGUGAUUUGAAGCCAAAUUGGUAUCUGGGUUGGAUCAGUUUGGCUGAUUGUAAAGGCUUGUUGGGUAAUUGUGGGGUUGAGUUGAGUGGUGACUCAUUGGUGUAUCUGGGUUCAAGGCCUGAGGAGGAUGCGGUUUAUUGGGCUAUUGAUGUGUCUAAGGAGGAUGGUGUGGUUCCUGAAUUGGGUGGGAAGCAAUUGUGUUUUGUUGAGCUCAGAACACUUAUGGUGGCUACUGAUUGGGCUAAUGAAAGGGCUAUGGCAGCGUUGGCUGUUGCUGGUCAUGCCAGGGCUUUGCUUGAGUGGCACAGUUCAUCACUGUUUUGUGGACAUUGUGGAGAAAAGACGGUCCCCAAGGAAGCUGGGAGACGCAAGCAGUGUUCUAGUGAGCUGUGCAGAAAGCGGGUCUACCCUCGUGUUGAUCCGGUUGUCAUAAUGUUAGUGAUUGAUAAAGAGAAUGAUCGUGCUCUGUUGAGUAGACAAUCCCGAUUUGUACCUAGAAUGUGGAGUUGCUUAGCUGGUUUUAUAGAGCCAGGAGAAAGCUUAGAAGAAACGGUGAAGAGAGAAACAUGGGAGGAGACUGGUAUUGAAAUAGGAGAAGUUGUCUAUCAUAGCUCUCAACCAUGGCCUGUUGGACCUGGUUUAUAUCAUCCAUUCUUUAUCAAUUGCUAUAGGGACGAUGUAGUUCCAAUUAGAUGGCCAGUGGAAUAUUCAAGCAGUUGCAGUGAAUCUGAUCCUCUGGAGUUCCUUUCAACACCAUUAUCUUGUCUCGCUCUGAGGGACGAGCCAGCUGAAAAUUCAACUGCAUCUUAUAUGAGAAAUAAUGCAUCCAACAUGAGUGGAAAGAAGGCCACCGGAUCAAAACCAAGGUGGUAAUUAAUGCGAUGAGGUACAGUUCCACAUCUUCUCUCAAAGUGGACAGCAUUCUCUUUAUAAUCUAACAUUAAUUUCUUUACGAAACAUUUUUAUAUCUAAAUAUCUAACUUUGAAAUAUGUAAACAUCUGAAUUUCAGAAGAGGACAUUAUGCAAGGCCAAAAGCAGUGGAAUAUGUUGAUUAUGCCUCAUAUGGAUGUUGUAAACAUUACAUAUGAAAUAGUUGCAGCUAUCCAAUAUUUUGGCAAAAGUUGAUUUCAAGUGAUCUUACCUUGAUACAAUCAACUUGUCCUAAGGAAAAAUUUAUUUUUGGUGUGUUGAUUCAGUUUCUGCGAGGUCAAAAAAAUGCUUACCUUGAUACACAAUUCUUUCUUCUAAUUUGGAGUCUUGGACUUUCACAAGUGAUAUCUUGUCAUGUUUCCAGCUCUGUAUUUGGUCCAUACUUUCCUCAAAGCUCAGUUAUUUUUUCAUUAUCUGUGCAUGGCCUCAAUGUAGUUUCCUGAUUUCUAAUUUUUUGUUUAGAUUUACAUUUAUCUUUCUUUUCUAGAAGGAUGGUUUUUCAAGAUAUACAAUACUAGUAUUUAACCAAUUCACUCAUCUCUGCAUUAUCAUAUGCAGGUUCUUACCAAGGGUUAACAGAAGGAUCGAUGUACUUAAAGCUGCUGGUGCAUUGUUAGUUUUGUGUUUUUUUUUUUGGUAUAAGGGCUUAAUUGAGUUUGGGUUUCGAUGUUUGGAAGUGAUGAAAGAUGACUUGAAAACUUGUCUGUGAUGGUAAAUUUUUGUUCUUUUUUCUUGUACAGGUUGAAAAAUACAAGGCUGCUAAUCAACAUACAAUAUUUACAUUGGAAGAGGUAUGUUUAGAGUCUCGCUACGUUACCUGUGUAUAGAUGCCUAUCCUUUCCUGCAUUCACGUGAAUUGUGGUUCAAUUGAAACAAGCCAUUUUGGUUUAUGUUGUUGUCUUAGUUGCUGGAAUGAGACCACAUAUAAUAUUGAUUCCUUGGGACAGAUGAAGCGCUACAUAUCCAUGUCACUUUCCUUUUUUCGUGUAAUAAUUGGAUGGCUAUGGCAAUUACAAUGGUGCCAGAGUGAACUUAGAAUAUUGGCCCAAGAUAUGAUAUGCCAGAUCAAAAUAAUUCAAUUCCCUCUCAGGUGAUUUCUGCAAAAUCUAGUGCUCUGUUGUCAUUGUUAAUCAAAUAUUGAUUUUGUAUAUGCUUGUACUGGAGGUAGAUACUUAUGCUUCUAAUACAAGUCUGCUUCUUAUGUGCUGCCUGAAGUGGCAUGCUUUAGUUGGAGGCAACUUACAUACUAAAGAAUCAAUUACUUGGUAGUUUUACAUCUGUAAAUGAGAGGAGGAGGUUGUUGAUCAAUUGGGAACUAGCAGUUCUUCAAGACUUGGUUGGUUUCAACAUUUCAGUAAAUGUUGUUAGAGAACUAGUUCUGUUGAUGUAAUGACUUUGUUGGAUAUAUGGAUGAAUGUAUCGGAUUUUUACAUAAAUGAAUGUGUUUUGGAUGUGAUGUCA